CAGCCAACAAAUAUUGGCAUCCAAACUGAUGACACUAGUUCCACAUCCUCGUCCCACCCCAUUUCGAAUAUUGCACUCCCGCAAGAUCCUCGUAAUCCUCCUGCGGAGGGUGCCGUUCUUCCUCCAGAUUCUGAGAUUUGUGUCUGUGGUAACGAUGAGAAACAUCAUGAGCCUGCAGGAGGACCCAAUCGUCCUGAGGCUGGGAACUCUUCGGGGUUUAAUCAUGGUUCCAUCGCGGGUGCAGCAGGUGCAGUAGUAGGAGCGGCAGCCGCUCCAGCUGCAGCAUCCGGUAUCCUGGGUAUGGUGGGAUUUGGGGCUCAGGGAGUUGUCGCAGGAUCUUGGGCAGCAGCAAUGCACGCUAGCAUCGGUAAUGUCGCCGCGGGCUCUGCGUUUGCCCUUGCCCAAAGCAUAGGCGCUGGGGCUGCACUUCCUGUGCUGGGCUUCGUCGUCGGUGCCGCUAGUGGCGGGCUGGCGGCAGCAGGUUUGGGCUACGCGGCAUAUAAGGUGUGCACUGCAGCGUCACAAUCGGACGAAGCCGUGCCCGUCAUAUGCCCUAGGUGUGGUAAACCGAAGUCGUCCUAAAUCCCUUCGUAUACGAGGUUUCUUUCUGCACGGGCGGCUCAAAGGUGUAAUAGUGGUUGUAUAUGUACUAUCAGUGUUCCUGGCAUCACAUCGGCUAAAA